GUGGAGUUCGCAGAUCAGCCGGGCUUGACUGCGGUUGGGAUCUGCAUUGCUGCCUCUCACACUUGAAUUGUUUCUCCAUGGUAACAACAUGCUCAACCCACCCCAGUCAAACCUGGACUGCUGUUAAUAGCGCUUCUCGACGCUACUGAAGCUGCUUACCACUUGCCAGUCUGGUCUCCCUUUCAAUUUGAGAUUGGGUUGUCGCAAGAUUGUGUUUACAAAUCAAGCACCACAGCUCUGCCGGACAUAACUCUAGGAAUGCCAGACCCCUUAUCUCAGGACCGCACUCUGCCAGUGAAGGCCAUUGAGAAGUUUAACUUCACAUGAUUGACUUGUUCGCCGCGAGAUAAGGCGACACACCACGAAGGAUGCGGCUCUCUCGUCACGUGAGCGGCUAUUAGAUGCCACGUUCAUGACUCGAAGGCUUCGAAGUCCAGUUGCUUCCAAUCCACCUCUCUUUGCCGCACAAGUUGAUGAACAAUGGCACCACAAUUAGCAGACAUUCUCAAGGACUCCGAGUUCAAGCCAGAGCUCGUGGAGCGUAUCGCCGUCCGAGAGUACCCCGCGGCUUUAGAGGUUGUUGCUCCAAACCCUGCAUGGCCUGAGAUCUUCGAUUCCCUGAAGAAACGCAUAGUCGACGCGCUCGGUGCUAAUGCUGUCGCUGUGAAUCACGUCGGAUCUACGAGUGUCCCUGGACUACCGGCAAAAGAUUGUAUCGAUAUUGAUCUUGUCGUGUCAGACGUCGCCAAUGAGACCGCGUACGUUGGACCACUCGAGGCUGCAGGGUUCAGGUUCCUUCUACGUGAAGCGCACUGGUACGGGCAUCGAUUCUUCUAUGCCUACAAACCUCAUGCAGUGAACCUACACGUCUGGGGUCCGGACUCUCCGGAGGUCACGCGCCAUCAGAUCUUCCGCAACCGCCUGCUGAGUAGUCCCGAAGACAUGGCUGCCUAUCUUGCAGCGAAGAAGCUUGCGUGUCGUCAGACUCAAGAAUCAGGUGGAAACUUGCAGGAGUAUAACUCGCGCAAGGAGGAUACAAUCCGUCAGAUCUUGAGAAAUGCAUUUGUAGAGUUGGGAUACAUCAGCAAGGCAUAGAUGGAUAUUGAUGCUCGCAAUGAUCUUGUCACAAAGCGAGUGCUGAAACAAUAUGAGCUCCGAAGGUUGUG